GCCUCGCACAACUUAAUAUUUGCGCAUCAAAUUCGCGUUCCAGAUUUUUAGUUGUUGUUAGGCGAGCAUAACGUUGACAUUGUUCACAGAAAAAUAGUUUAAUUACUACUUAAAUCAUGUCUAUUCAAGAAAAUAAUUUAAUUUUGUUUGAACAUGAGCGUAAACUUAAAAGUGCCGCGUUAAUAAUUUUACAUUCUAUUUAAAAAAAAACAAAAAAAAAAAACAAGUUGACAAAAUAGAAGAUGAUGAAUCACUCACUUGUAUAGACAACGAGAAGCUAGACUCAAUUUAAUGGAUCAUUUACAAUUCGAUAAAACUAUUGGACAAUUUAAAAAUUGUAUUCGUAUGGCGUCAGAGGACUUUGAAUUUUUGCUGUGCAAAAUUGGACCAAAAAUUAUGAAAAAAGACACUACUAUGAGAAACGCAGUUUCAGUUGAUAAAAGAUUAGCAGUUACAUUAAGAUUCCUUGCUACAGGAGACUCUUAUACUAGUCUUCAAUAUACGUUUUUGAUAUCAAAACAACUUAUAUCGCUCAUAGUACCAGAAGUUUGUCAAGCAUUUAUAGAAGUUCUGAAGACAUAUGUUAAGGUAGUUGCAUCGCAUAUGUAUGAGUAUAUUGGUAUAGAAUAGACUUACGUCUAAAAAUGAAUUGACGUACACAACAGAUGAUAUUUCAAAUUUAAACUGGACCAAUUAAUCA